GUGACCUUCAACAUUGAGCCCCAAUUUUCCUGUGUUUUCAAACACAAUUGUUUGUCUUUCUACCAAUGGAACCCAAGAUUUGGUCUUUUCAAGACCUUGCAAGUCUGCCUCGAGUUGCCAGAGGAAUUUCCGGCGUCAUUUCCGAAUAUAAAUCCCAUGAGGUUGUCAAAUGGCCGUAUCCAUGCGCCGAUGACGAACGUAACCACGAAAUCGAAAGGCGCAUAUAUACACGACUAGGCCGGCAUGCCCGAAUUGUCCACGUUAUUGCGAUUUUGCCGGAAAGAGGCAUUGUAAUGGAACGAUUGAAAGAGCCUCUCUGUCUGCGCCUGAAAACUCUUCAAGAAAAUGGAGACACUGUUUCAUCAGAGCAGAUUCAGAGAUGGUCUUUACAGAUUGCAGAAGCUUUACAUUACAUCCACAGUAAAAGAGUCCUCCAGGCUGAUAUUGGGUCUCAAAAUUUACUUUUGGAUGAGAAGGACAAUCUGAAGUUCGCAGAUUUUGCAGGUUCCUCAAUUGAUGGAGAGCAGGCAUUUGUCUGUUCAAGCUCACGCGCUUCACUUCGUCCUUACUGGGAGCAUCAUCCUUCCAUUAAGGAUGAGAUAUUUGCCAUGGGAUCCAUACUCUAUGAGAUAUCUACAGGUCGGAAGCCAUAUCAUGACAAAACAGAUAGCGCUGUUGAGAAGCUUUAUCUGGCAGCGCAAUUUCCCGAUACCGACCACCUUCAACUGGGCCCAGUGAUUUGGAAGUGCUGGAAAAUUCAGUAUGAAGACACAGCUGAAACUCUUAGUGACCUCCAACAGCUGUUUCAAAGAAAAAAGUGCUCUUACAUUUGGUUUGUCGAAGAGAAUCUAAUGGUAAAGAGUCUUUAAAGCUAUUGAAUUCAAACCAGAUACAGAUAAAUUGAAUCUAAGGUUGGAUAACUGUCAAA